AUGGACCGGUUGGACCCACCGGCCAGUUCGUCUUAUGGACCGGUUGGACCAACCGGCCUGUUGGUCCUGUGGACCGUUUGGACCAACCGGCCUGUUGGUCCUGUGGACCGGUUGGACCAACCGACCAGUUGGUUCUGUGGACCGGUUGGACCAACCGGCCUGUUGGUCCUGUGGACCGGUUGGACCAACCGGCUUGUUGGUCCUGUGGACCGGUUGGACCAACCGGCCUGUUGGUCCUGUGGACCGGUUGGACCAACCGGCCAGGUGGUCCAGUGGACCGGUUGGACCAACCGGCCAGUUGGUCCUGUGGACCGGUUGGGCGAACCGGCCAGUUGGUCCUGUGGACCAGUUGGACCAACCGGCCUGUUGGUCUUGUGGACCGGUUGGACCAACCGGCCAGUUGGUACUGUGGACCGGUUGGACCAACCAACCUGUUGGUCGUCUGGACCGGUUGGACCAACCGGCCUGUUGGUCAUGUGGACCGGUUGGACCAACCGGCCAGUUGGUCGUGUGGACCGGUUGGACCAACCGGCCUUUGUGUCGUGUGGACCUAUUGGACCAACCGGCCUGUUGGUCCUGUGGACCGGUUGGACCAACCGGCCUGUUGGUCCUGUGGACUGGUUGGACCAACCGGCCUGUUGGCCCCGUGGACCGGUUCGACCAACUGGCCAUUUGGCCCUGUGGACCGGUUGGACCAACCGGGAUGUUGGUUCGUGUGGACCGAUUGGACCAACCGACCUGUUGGUCCCGUGGACCGGUUGGACCAACCGGCCUGUUGGUCUUGUGGACCGGUUGCCAGUUGGUCCUGUGGACCGGUUGGACCAACCGGCCAGUUGGUUCUGUGGACCGGUUGGACCAACCGGCCAGUUGGUCCUGUGGACCGGUUGGACCAACCGGCCAGUUGGUCCUGUGGACCGGUUUGACCAAACGGCCAGUUGGUCCUGUGGACCGGUUGGACCAACCGGCCAGUUGGUCCUGUGGACCGGUUGGACCAACCGGCCAGUUGGUCCUGUGGACCGGUUGGACCAACCGGCCAGUUGGUCCUGUGGACCGGUUGGACCAACCGGCCAGUUGGUCCUGUGGACCGGUUGGACCAACCGGCCAGUUGGUCCUGUGGACCGGUUGGACCAACCGGCCAGUUGGUCCUGUGGACCGGUUGGACCAACCGGCCAGUUGGUCCUGUGGACCGGUUGGACCAACCGGCCUGUUGGUCCUGUGGACCAGUUGGACCAACCAGCCUGUUGGUCCUGUGGACGUUGUCCGGUGGAUCUGUUGGACUAA